CAUACUGACUGAGCCAGUAGCCACCACAGACCUACAGCCUCCGGUCCUUUUCAGUUCAGCUCAGCUCGUCCUCUCUUUAGUCUUUGCUGCUUCUUCUUCCUCCUCUCUUCCCUUCGAAGCCUCAGCCAUGGAAGACAGCUUGACCAUGGAGCCAUAUCUCCAUCCAUCCACAAGAGAGCUUCCCCCUCAAGCUGGACCCCUGCGCCCCCUCCCCUGGCUGUCUCAGUCGAUUAGCCCCAAAGCCCAAGAUGAGAUCCGCGUCCAAACGAGCCAUGGGAUGGGAGGCAGUGGUAUGAUGGAAUCCGUUCUUGUAAGAGGUCCUUGUGUUCUUCAGCUAACGGAUGGGAGCGCGUGGGGCUGACAGAGGGCCCGGCGAGGGCCACGUUGGGCGUCUGACGGGUGGGUCCACAGAUAAACCCACCCAUCCCCAAUUCCCCUCCCCGCGUUUCCCCACCACCGGCGCCAGCCAACGGCUAGGGUUUCGGAGAUGGCUCGCUCCCGCGGGUUCAAGGUCGGGCGCCGGCCGACGGCCGCCUCUCGGAAGGACCACGGCAAUGGGGGCGUUCGCCAGCCGCCGCGUGACCACGGCCCUGCGCGCGCUCACCUGCCGCCGGCCUCGGCGUCCUCCAUCGCUGCUCCUGCGCCCGGUCUCCUGCCGCCGGCCUCGGCGUCCUCGACCGCGGCACCUGAGCCCGCUCUCCUCCCGCCGGCCUCGGCGCCCUCGCCCACCGCCCCCGAGCCCGCUCUCCUCCCGUCGGCCUCGGCGCCCUCGCCCACCGCACCUGCGCCCGGCGUCCCCCCUCCGGAUUGGGUGCCUUGGUACAUGGCCCCCGCGUCAUGGUACAUGACCCAUCCGCCCCGCCUCUCCUCCCAGGCCACAGCGCCCGCGGCCACGUCCCCUGUGCCCGGCCUCCUCCCACCGGUCUCGGCGCCCUCGGUCACGGCUCCUGCGCCCGUGCUGCUCCCACCGGUCUCGGCGCCCUCGGCCACGGCUCCUGCGCCCGUGCUGCUCCCACCGGUCUCGGCGCCCUCGGCCACGGCUCCUGCGCCCGUCCUCCUAACGCCUACCUCGGCGCCCUCGACCACCGCCCCUGCGCCCGGCGUUCCCCCGCCGGAUUGGGUGCCCUGGUACAUGGCCCCGGCGUCCUGGUACAUGACGCAUGAGCGCGCUCUCCUCCCGCCGGCCUCGGCAUCCUCACACACGACCCCUGCACCCGCCCUCCUCCUGCCGCCCACGGCGCCCUUGACCGCGACCCCUGUGCCCUGCAACUACGACGGCAUGCUCUUGGGUUCACGUGUACAUGCUCGCGAUCUCCCUCUGGCCACAGCACCCGUCACCAGCGUCACUGCCCCCGCGUCACUGCCGCCACGUACAGCUAACCCCUUCACUCGCCGGUUAUCUGCUCAUGGUCUCCCGCCGGCCACAGAGCCCACGACCACCGACCCUCCACCAGCACUCCGUCCGCUGCCUACGGCACCUUCCAUCUAUAACCCUAUGGCUGUGGACAGGAGAAUUCUGGGACUGCUGGAUUCAUUGGAUUUGGAGCUGAUUGAUGGAGAAACGGAAGCUGCCAAGCGCUCGAUGGAUGAGGAUGCCGAAUGGGAUCUUAAGGCAGUUUGGUGCUGUGGUGCUUAAGACGCCAGGUGCAAGGCCGCAAACAAUCAAAACAGCACAAACAGCGCGUGAUCAUCAAGUUCAGCAAACAAUCAGGUUUUUUCAGGGAGGGCAAAGAUCUAAGAAACUGAAAGUAGGUUGCAUACACGUGGUACAGGGAAGUUUGCAACUAGAUCAUGUAUGAAUAACAGAGAGUUGGGUGUGUGUGUGUGUGGCUGUUUUUACCUGAUUUUGUUUUUUGUUGCAUGAUCGUCAACGCACAGAGAGGUUCCAGAGUUUGUGUGCAACAAAGAAUUUGCAGGUCAUUUUGGCUUGAUUUGCUUUUCGCCUGGGAUGUGAUCUUUUCAGGACAGGAGCUCAAUCAAUACAGGGCAGAACUGAUAACAUCUCAAUCAAUACAGAGUGUGUGUGCAUCUAA